AUGACUUCUAUUAAAAGAUUAAAUCAAGAUGUCAUUAAUAAAAUGGCAGCAGGCGAGAUAAUACAAAAUCCAUAUAAUGCAGUGAAAGAAUUAAUAGAAAAUAGUUUAGAUGCUGGAGCAAAGCAAAUCCAAAUAACAUUAUCUUUAGGAGGUUUAGAAUCAAUUAAAGUAAAGGAUGAUGGUCACGGUAUUAAGUUAGAAGAUAUGCCUUUAGUCUGUACUCGUUAUGCAACCAGUAAAUUGAAUCAAUAUCAUGAUUUACAGAAAUUAACUACCUUUGGAUUUCGUGGAGAGGCUCUUGCUAGUCUGUCAUAUAUCUCCAAAGUUAAAAUCAUCACAAAUAUAAAUGAUCAAUCAUGUGCUUAUGAGGCCUCAUACAAAGAUGGCACGAUGAUGAAUGAAAUAAUAAAGCCUUGUGCAGGAAAUAAGGGAACUAUUAUAAUAGUUCAAAAUUUAUUUGAAAAUAUGCCUCUAAGAAAUAAAAUGUUAAUGAGUCCUAAUAAAGAAUAUCAACAUGUAAUGGACUGUGUUCAAAAGUAUUCUAUUCAUUAUUUCCAUAUAGGAUUUACUCUUUUUAAUAACAAUAUCAAUGGCAUUCUUAAAUACCCUGCAAAGAAUCAUAUUGAAAGUAUUCAACAUAUUUAUGGUUCAGAUAUUUCGUCUCAUUUAAAGCUCAUAGAAUAUGAAGACGAUAAUUGCUUCUUCAAAUUGUAUUUUAAUGAUUUAACAGAUAAUGCUUCCAUGUUACAAGAAAAGAAAGGGAAACCAAUUUCUAUUUUAUUUGUUAAUGACAAAUUAGUAGAAAAUAGUAGAAUUGAAAACAAAAUCAAACAAGUGUAUAUGACGAUCAGUAAUAAACAGUAUACUUCAACAUCACUCUUCUUCUUCUUCUAUCUCACUUUGACCGUUUAUCCUACCCAUGUCGAUAUUAAUAUUCAUCCUACAAAAAAUCAAGUUUAUCUACUGAAUGAGGAUAAAAUCAUAGACGCUAUAUCUAAAGUAUUGCAUGAUUCUCUCUAUGAAACAUUCUUAUGCAACAAAAGAAAACAACAGCAACAAGAAAAAGAAGAGGAUUCUAAUAAAAUACCUGAAGAAGCAACUAUCAAGUAUUAUUUUAAGCCCUUACUACCUCACAACAACAAAAAUCAAGUUGUCGUUUCUCCAGAUAUAUAUAAUAAUAAUGAGUCUUCAACUAGUAGUAAUAGUAUAGUAGACACACCACUGUCCUCGUCAUACACAGUCGAGGAACCAUUUCUACAGCAGAAAGAGAGUGAUUUCAUGUUGAACAAUUAUUUUCAUAAAGAAGAAGAAGAGAAAGAAAAUGAAGCUGGAAUUAUCGUGAAGAGAAGCAAGAUAAAUGAUGAUGUCUGUUAUUUACCAACGAUUUAUAAGAAUAGGUCUAUUUCUAUAAAUGAUCCUCUAUCCUCUUCAUUCCUAUACAAUGAUUUAGCCAUUACCGAGUCUUAUUCAGGUUCUCCUAUCUUAAUGAAGAAGAAGAAUCAGUAUAGGGAACCGAGUAAUACAACAAAGGUAAUGACAGGUAAAACUAUGGCUAAUACUCAAUAUCAAAAAAAACUGAGAACACUAUUUGAAGGAGGAACUUUAAAAGGCGAUCACAAAGUCUCUAAUAAUGAAGAUGGUAGCCUUAUUGAAGAUUUGCAUAGUAUUCAUUUGUUGCAACAAGAGAUCAAGAAUUCAGAAAAUAAGAAGCUUAGCAAAUUAUUUUUAGGUUAUACAACUCUUGGAUUUAUUCAUGACUUUAUUUUGCUUGUUAUGUUUAAAAACAAAUACUAUUUGAUAAAUUAUCCAUUAAUAAGUGAAGAAUUCUUUUAUCAACUCAUAGUAAAUCAAUUCAUUCAAUUUGAAAAAUUGAAAUUAUCUGAACCUAUUUCAAUCCAAGAGUGUCUUUUGCUUGUCACAAAAGCAAAUACUGCUGUGAUGGCGACGAACCACCUUUUCGCUCAUAAAGAUUUGCUUGACGCUUAUUUCAAAAUGCAAAUUACAAUGGAUGACAAGGAGACUGUUCAACUUGACAGUUUGCCUAUGCUUUUACAAGAUUACACUCCUUCUUUGGAUAAACUCCCUUUCUUUCUAUUAAGAAUUUCAACAGAGGUUAAUUGGGAAAAUGAGCUUGAAUGCCUUGAUGCUCUUAUACGAGAAUUUGCAUUUUUAUAUUGCUGUUAUGACCAAGUCUCAUGGAAUCAUGUUAAGCAGUCAUUUAAUUCUUCAGAUUUUAAAGUACCAAAGUAUUUAGCUAAACAAGGUUAUAUUCUCGAACUUGACGUACCUGAAGAGAUAGUAUAG